AUGCACAUGGGCAGGAAACUCAGUUUACUCCGAGCCCUCGACUUACACAGCACAGUCAAGGGUGCAGACUUUCCCGACCUGAUCAACGUCACUAUCGAGGACCUGGAAAACGGACUCACCUACCUGGCCCGCAUCGCACAAGUCAACCCCAUCCUCCACGCCAUUAACGAGGUGAACCCAGAUGCUCUGGCCAUCGCCGCCGAGCUGGAUGCUAUGCGCACCCAGGGGAAAACGCUUGGUCCUCUGCAUGGCAUCCCCAUCAUCGUCAAGGACAACAUCGCCACGGCCGACAAGAUGAACAACACGGCCGGAUCCUACGCUCUGGUCGGCGCAAAGGUCCCCCGCGACAGCACCAUAGCCGCCAAGCUGCGCCAGGCCGGUGCCAUCAUCCUCGCCAAAGCCAAUCUCAGCCAGUGGGCCAACUACAGGAGCAACAACUCGACAAACGGAUGGUCCGCAUACGGCGGCCAGGUGACUGCCGCCUACUACCCGAACAUGGACCCCAGCGGCAGCUCCAGCGGCAGCGGCGUGGCCUCCUCUAUUGGUCUUGCGCUUGCUGCGCUUGGAACGGAGACAUCGGGCUCCAUCGUCUCUCCCUCCCAGCGAGGCAACCUCGUCGGCGUGAAGCCUACCGUUGGCCUGACCUCGCGCUACCUCGUCGUGCCGAUCAGCUCCCACCAAGACACCAUCGGACCCAUGGCUAGGACCGUCAAGGAUGCGGCCAUCAUCCUGCAAGCCAUUGCCGGCCGCGACAGCUACGACAACUACACGUCCGCCAUCCCCAACAACGGCAAGGUCCCCAACUACGUCGCGGCGCUCAAGAAGUCGGCUCUCAAGGGCGCCCGCCUCGGCAUCCCCUACAACACACUCAGCACCACAGCCAGCGCGGUCGAGAUGGCAGCCUUCUACGACGCCGUCAAGACGAUGCAAGACGCCGGUGCCCAAGUCGUCGCCGCCAACUUCACCGUCCCCAACCCGCGCACCUCGUCCAUCGUUCUCGGCGCCGACUUCGUCUCCGACCUGGCCGCCUAUCUGUCCCAGCUGACCCACAACCCGCAUGACCUGCACACGCUAGAAGACGUGCGCAACUUCACCCAGGCCUUCCAGCCCGAGAUGUACCCGGACCGGAACACGGCUCAAUGGGACGCCGCGCUCGCGCUGGGGUACAACAACACCGACAUCCGCUUCUGGCAGGAGCUGCAGAAGAACUACUACUGGGGCGGCGAGGGCGGCCUGCUAGGCGCCAUCGAGCGGAACAAGCUGGAUGCGGUCAUCAUGCUGACCAGCCAGGCGGCGGGGCGGGCGGCUAUCCAGGGCGCGCCCAUCGUCACCGUGCCGUUGGGCUUCUUCCCUGCCACGUGGAAUGUCACGAGGAAUACGAGGGGUUUGGUGCAGCUGGGGCCGAACAUUCCAUUCGGACUGAGCUUCUUGGGGAGCAAGUUCUCGGAGGAGAAGCUGCUCGCUCUGGCGUAUGCCUUUGAGCAGAAGACGCUGGUGCGAGCCAAGGGGCCGAAGCCGUAUAUUGUGCCCAACAUCGAGCUUGGUGAUAUUGCUGGGUUCUAA